UUGUUCUUUUAAAAAGGAAAAUGUUUGGUAUUUCCUUAUUUUAGUUUUGCAGAAAUAUGGUAACUCGUAAGAUCUCUAUAUAUAUAGCGUAAUCCAUUUACGCAAGGAAUCAUUACGAAGUAUUUUUACUAGAUAAUAUUUACAUAGUCUGCGAAAUCUAUUGCCAUAUUCGUACGAACUCGAUAAUGGUGGCAUUUCCUUUUACAAUAUCCAGCAGUGACCUGAAGCAAUCAAAGAAGCUUGUUCAGAGACUUGACGUGCCUGAGAGUACAAAGAACUUUGUGUUUGCAAUCAAAGUCCCCGAGCAUGAUUCCACCAUCUACUUACUCUCUGUCCACAACUUAUCUCAGAGAUCUGCUACUGACGCCGAGUGUCUCAUACGUGAACUCCGUCCUGAUGCUGUUGUGACUCAGGUGAACGCUUCAGCUUUUGGAGAAGCUGAGGAGGAGAUUGUGUUAGUAGACGGCUCUACCGGUUCGAUCCCAACAUCAGUUUUUAAAGUUCUUACACGCUGUGUUGUAGACGAAAGUCUUAGCAAAGCAAAGUACCAACGUAUUGCGGGGAACUUGGUUAUGGAGGAGAUUUUUGGGACAGGUUUUAAUAAGCAUCUGUUGGCUGUCGAGAAGGUGGCUGGGGAGGUUGGUUCAACGUUUGUGGCACUUGAUUCUCCUUUUGUCAUGGAAGGUCUAACUAAAUCUCUCACAACACAAGCUUACCAUGGCUCUGCUUUGAUCAAUGUUGAUCAACAAGCACUGAUGCAUAGACUUGUAUCUUCUUCGCAUUAUAUCACUAAAAAAUCAAGACGUGUUAAUGUUCCAAAAUUUGCUCUUUCCACUUAUUACUUACUUGUUCAGAUUCAUAACACAUUAUUUGAUGACCUCCCAGCUAUUAGGAAGGCUCUACGGAGUGCCAAAAAGAUUCUUUCUGAUGUAGAUAAAGGGGAAUCCAUUGAUACAAAGGCUCUUACCGAAGCUUACCUAUUCCGGUCUGCAGUUGAGAGUCUUAGAAUUGCUUCGAACGAUGCCGGUCGGAUACCUAUCGAGAACCUAGGAACCGAAGUUCAGUUCUCAAAGCUCUCCUUUACGGACAAAUCUUAUGCACUUAUGGCAGUUGAGCUUCGUAGCCAGGCUAAAAAGUUUAAGAAGAUAGUAGCGGUAGUAGAUGCAGGUAACCUCGCAGGUCUUAGGAGGCAGUGGAGAACUUGUGUUCCUCAACAAGUCAAAGAUAUGUCCACUGAGCAUACGGGUUUUGAUAGUAAUGAUUCAGGUGCUGGUUCAGGUGCUUUAACACUAUCCAAGGCCAUUCUUGCUUCUCCUGUCUUCAAGAUUUCAACUAUUAAAACCCCGGUGAACCCUUUCUUGACUGGCAAGGCAAUGCCAUUUGCAUUUACCAAAGUGGCGUACCCCUCAACAGUAAUGAGCCUAAUGGCCCCGUGUUUUGCUAGUUCCGGAGCGCAACCAAUGUCUUGGGAGAAACCAUCUUUAUCCGCCAGACAUAUCAGCGCAUUAACAAAGUUUGGUUUGUCUUCUGCUCGACGUACUAGCUUCUCUGCCAUGAGAGCUUCAUUCUAUACGAUGAUGAUGCGGAAAAGACUAGUGAAACCUAUCGGUGCCUUACCAAGGGUGGUCUUUGGAGCCAGUCUUGUAAUUUAUGCGGGAUUGCACCUCUUUGGAGACGGGAUUGAAUGUGCAGCUCUGACUCUUCCUUCAGCUUCUUCGAUUGCAAAACUUGGUCGAGGGAUUCAAAACUUACGUGAGGCGUCUCUGGAAGUGACAAGGAGAGGAAACAACAGGGUACAGAACACAAGGGAUGGUCUUACUCAAAGGCUGAGGAACUUGACGCUUACUAUAAAUUUCAAAACCAAAUUUGGUUCGUAAUCUAUGUAUAAACGUUGUGUCUAAUAUUUCCAUUAAUACAAAUAUUAAUUGGCAUUAACAACAAAGAAAGAGGUAUCUUUACAACCUCAUUAGCUGUUCUCCCUUUAAGUCUUAUCCUAAAUAAAAUCCCAUGUUUAUUAGUCGUGAAUAUCUGAAUAGUAGGAAUCACACUGACUAAAAUCAUAGAAAUUACAAGUAGAAUAAUCACCAGAAAUUUUUUUGGUACAAAUUGCGACAUCUAUUUAUAUUUACUCAGUUAUACUAUGAAUUAUUUGCCUUAUAUAGAUUUAAUUUUUUGUCAGUUUAGUUAAUGUUAUAGUAAAGAAAAUUAUAAUUUUGUUCUUUCUUAACUUACAUAAUUGUUAAAAAUCGUUUUUCAAAAAAAAAUUGAAACUGUGGUAUAAAAUCACUAACAUAUCUUAAUCAAACAAACGAACUAAGAAAACUUAGAAAUAAUGCUCUAUAUAAUGGAUAACAUUUUCAUUAUUAUAAUAUUUGAUUGUAGUGGUUAUUAAUACAGACUUUGUUUUAGUCUAAUUUCCAAAAGGGAAUCAACCAAAUAAAAUUCAGACUACUCGUACAUGAAUUCUCAAAACCGGCCAAUAAAGAAAACCAACAUAAUCAAGUGUAACCAGGCCGAAUAUUUGAAUUUAGGUGAUUUUUCUAGAGUUUCAAAAGAAAAUUAAAUUAGAUUACUUAAAGAAACACAUUAAGGAGACCAGCAAUGGAUAUUUAGGUUUAAGGUUCCGGUUGGAUCAGAUUAUUUAGAUUGAAGUACUUAUGACCUAUUUAGAAACAAGAUAUUUUUUGAUCCGAGUUAAAUCCUGAAAAAUCUAAAAUUAUUAAAGUAAUAGUUUAACUAUAUCAUAUUUUAACUCACAAGAACAAUGGAUUGAUGAGAUCUCUUCGAUGAAAUAUCAUAUUUUGAUUGUGCUUCAUUUGACAUGUGUUCUUUCAAAAGAUCGUGGUGAAAUAUUUUUUUCACAAUUAUAAUAAAGACACAACAAAGUCGCUGAAUCCAAAAAAUGUUUUAAGAAUAUUAUGUUAAAUGCAUAAUCAAGGAAGACAAUACCAUUGAAGCACUGAAUGCAGAUAUAAUGACCUAGAUUUCUUCACAAUUGUAAGGUAUUGCAUAUAGUCUUGAAAAUGAUGCACAUAACAAACUUUCUAUAACUACCCAAAGUAUUGUUUGCUAUGUGCUUGGAUUGUACACCGAUUCAAUAUAUUCUGAAGGUUAAAGCCUAGUUACAUUCCUAAAUAUCUUUAGAACAAGCUUCCAAUCAUUUCGAGAGGAGAUGGAACCUACAAAUUCAAAUUAUUAUUGAUUAGUUGGACAAAAUCAAUUAAAUGCAAUAAAAUGAUCUUCACUCACUAUUGGCUGCUUAGCUUCAUCCUCUACCACAUGGUCCUCUUAUUCUUCUAAAAGGUCCAUGAUUCCACACACAUAAAAACAAGAUCAUUAUUCAAUUGAGACUUAAUAUCAACAAGCCAAAACUAUCUUUGGUUUCACAUUCAUCAAAUAAAUUGAAGAACAAAAUCUCACCACAGCAAAAUAAUCUAUUAUCCAUGAUUCUACGUACGCAUACAAAUGCGCUUUGGUUUGUUUUAAACCCUUCAAACAAACAAUGAAAUCGCACACGUGACUCCACACGCUUGCCCAUUGAGAGAGGACUUCUGACCUUCUGAAUGCACCAGAAUACUCAAGAUUUAAUCUUUCGGCCUAGGAUUGUGUCCAAACGCUUGGAUUCUCUGUGGGAAGCUCUCACUUUCCUUCACCUAUGAAUGACCUGGAUCUUUCUUACUGUCAUAUCAUGCAGUAAACAUUGUUAAAGUGUGCUACAUCCCAAAGAUCGUUUUGGUUUGUUUUAAAUCCUUCCAACAAACAAUGAAAUCGCACACGUGACUCCACUCCCUUGCCCAUUGAGAAAGGACUUCUGACCUUCUGAAUGCACUAGAGUUUCUCAUUUAUUGAGUUGAGAGUUGAUUCCCGGCUUGGGGAUUAAUUACUUUUUUUGGUGAAAAAUUAAUUAUUUCUUGUUAAACGAAAAUAACUUCUUUUUUUUAAUCAGUUGAUCAAUUUUGUUGACGAACUUUUAAGCAAUCAUUUAAAACUAUAAUGGUUCUGCAAAUGCUUAUUUUCAUGCUUUCAUAGAGAAAAUUUUGAAAAUUAUUCUAAUUUUUUCCAUUAUACAUGAAAUUUUUAUCUGUACUACUUUUAUUUAGUAUAAUAAAAUAUAUUAUUAAGAUAAUCUUAGAAAUGAUUUUGGAAUGUAUUAUAUAAAAAUUAAUUUCUACAUAAACUAUAUAUAAGAUUAUUAUAUGUCUAGUAAUGUACAGAUUAAUUGAACAGUAUUAUUGUUACGUUAAAUGUAUCAUCAUUUGCAUGCAUGCAAUACAUAUAAUCGUAGCGACUUUCAGUCAAAACCAGGCCCGGCUCGCAAUACAUAUAAUCAUACAUACAAUACUUGGGGGCCCUGUACAAAUUAUAACUUCAUAAGAACAGUUCGAACAGAUUUUACAGAGAGGGUCCUAAAUUUUAGAUAAAUGACUUAAUUCUAACAAAAUAAUUGGUAAAAGAAAAAUUUGGACCUCGUGCAAUUGCACUGCGCAUGCUGGCACAUGCCAACAAAAAUUUUACACUUUUCUUACUUUUUUGUUUCUAAUUCGGCUCUUGUUAGUCAGAAUCCUUUCUGAAGAUUGAGACUAGAAAGCAUUAACCGAGUUAUAUUGGCCAAAUGAAAAUAAUUAAGCUCACUAGCGGAUGUAGGAUUGAAUUUAACUGGGGGCACAGUAAACUUUUUCACUAUGUUUUACCUUAUAGGAUAAAAAGCAGUUAUAUAGAUUUCAUACUACUCAUCAAAGAAAAAUAAAAAGUAGAUGCCUCCGCCCCUGCUCACUAGAAAAAGACAGGUAAGAGUAAGCACAUCGAGCUUAGAAUGUCAUCUCACAAGUGAAAGUCAUUGCAUCCAUAAAAUGAAACAGGUAUUCUUAGAAAAACAGAAAGAAAAUAAGUUACGAUAAUUAUGAAAAUAUCACAUAGAUUUUUGUUUCGAGCUAAUAUAUGUAAACAAGUAUAAACAAAACCUGAAGCAUCGUAUUUGUUUACGAGUUCACAAGCAAGGGGGCAAAGGAAUCCACUAACAUCAAUUUUAAUUCCUAAAACGCGUAGAGACUAAACAAGGCACUGCUAGAGAAUGAAGGCAGAUAUAACCAACUAUAAUUAGAGAAAAGAAAAAAAAAAACUGUAAUUAGAGUGGUAAACGCAAUAUCUGGGAUCCCAAACCUGCUCCAUUUAAAAAUAUUGGAGCCUUGCUCCGGAAACAAUCUGCAUUUAGAUGUUUUGACUAACUCUUGACCAGGGGCGGACCCAAGAGCAUUUCUUAUUCCUUAUACACUAUAUUCAAUGGUCUAAUUAGGAGCAUUCCUUAUGUUUUAUACUAAUUACUAUAGAAAAUAUAAAAAAAGAGAUGGGGCACGUGACCCCAUACCCUUGGCUUUUCGUCCGCCUCUGACUCUGGCAGCAGUGGGACCAAAUCCUCUUGUGUGUGAAGAUUCAAGGCUAGUAUUUGGUAAUCCUGAUGAACUGUUAACCAGCAGAUUGACCCAUUCACACACACUGACUUCCUAUCCACCUCGACCGGGUAAGGAGGUGGACUUAGUGUUCGCCAUUCACCAGUUGCGACGUCAAGAAGCUCACAUUCGUCGUCCUCUUCUUCUUCCACGUGAUAAAAACACAUCAUCACCACUUUAUACAACCCCAUAACUUUGUCUCUAUCAAAUCCCAUUGUCCCAGGCAUGGCCAUCCGGUUUGGUCGUUUAGGAAAAGUCUUGCCCAGUUAAAAAAUAUUUGUUUCGAAGUAUGUUUGUUCGGUUUGGUUUUGAGAAGGAUUUAAUCCGAUAAUUCAGAUCAAUUCCCAGAAUAAAUUAUUUUAAGU